UAAAAACUAGUUCUUAUAGUUCUUACUGUAAAGUGUACCAUUCGUAUUGGAGUCUGUGCUCGAUAGUUCGUUCGUUCAUCCCUUAUCAGUCAGAUAUACAUAAAAAUCAUCUUGUGUUCAAGUGCGAAAAUUUUUCAAUUUUUUUUUCGAGUCGGUUCUUCUGUGGCAUUUCCAACUACUUAGAUCAGAAAAUCACUGUGAAUAUUGAAAAGAUCUUCGUUAUCAACGUACCACUGAUAAUAAUCGCCAAAGUUCACAGCAUUUGUAAAAAUCAUGUCAUUCAAUGUGGAAAUGCAUAAACAUUUAAUGAGACGAAUCGACGCUUUAUGGCAGCGACGCGAUGACGCAGAUGUAAUUAAAGUAAAAAUACUUCGUGAUCAUCUUCUGAUAACUUACGAUAGGAUGGUAGCAUAUGAAACAAAAAUCGAAGAAAACCUCGGCAGCGUUCCCGAUCUUCCCACGUGGUUAAACCAAGCUCACGAUGCCCAUGUACAGGCGAUUGCUUCAAAAGUAAAAUUCGAGCAAACCCUUUCGUCGAGCAAAUCAACAGCACCAACCGAUACCAAGGUAGGUGACACUUCCAAUCCAACAAAACAAUCCGAAAGUGUGAACUUACAGAUUUGUAAACAACGUUUCCUAAUCAAACGAAUCGAAUCGCUGGAAAUACUCGAUGAUAUUAGUGCAAUAAAAGCAGAAGUACUGUACAACCACCUUUCUCAACUUUACGACUCGUUCAUCUCAAACCAAAUCCAGAUCGAAGCAGGCACCGAAGACGAUACCAUUCUCGAUAAUCAACAAAAAAUCACCACAGAAAUCCAACUAAAAGUAAUCGAUUUCCAAACGAAGCUGAAAAAAAUCAUGCAGCCGAUCGCAUCAACUUCAUCGACAGAAUCCAACAUCAGUAUCGAUCGUUCAAUUCAGCCAACACCGAUUGACACCAGAGCCAAUUUAGACUCACUCAUUAAAAAAAGAGAAUCUUUAAUGGAACGAAUAUCUUCGCUGAAACCAGAAGAAGGUGUUAAUGUUACUCCCGAAAAGGCUGAAAUAAUAUUCAAUCAUCUCAAUUCGCUUUACUACUCAUUGAACUCGAUUCAAAUUGAAAUCGAAUCACAAGUCAGCGGCUCCACUCUCGAUAGCCAAUUGGAAAUUUCCAAUGAAGUUCAAAACAAGGUAAUCGAGUUUCAAACAGCGUUUAAAAAAAUCUUCGCUCCGAUUGUAGACCUACCUUCGUCUUCGACGCAAUUCAAGGCUUUUUCAUCAGAACAAAUUAAAUCAUCGGAAGAAAAUAAUCCGCAACACGAAACUGAGAUUAAUAUCAGCGACAUCUCAAAAUCAAUGAAUGAUCAUUUAAAAAUAUCAACAACGGAAAUCCAAACUCAGAUCACUUCUCUUCAAAAGAAACUGAAUACACUCGUUGACUCUAACCAAAAAAAUGAAAUGAAGAAUUCUGGUAAACUGGAAAAAAUCCUCGAGAUAAAUGAUGAAAUACUCGACACACAGCAAAAACUUUCUUCUUCUAUCAUAAGGUGUUUGUCUCAACGAAAAUAAUGUUUAUUAAAAGAGAAAAUUUACGAAUAUACUAAGAUUUAUUGAAUUUACGUUUUGAGUGCUAUCCAACAUAACGAUAGUAGUGUACCUACCAACUAAAUAUUGUAACCUAUCUAAAAACUUGUAUGAUUAAUUUUAUAUUUAACUAAAAAAACUGUAAAGUAAUAAUAAUUUCAGCUAUGCGAUUCGAAUGUGCAAAUUCAGACAUAAUUUUAGUGGUCUGAAAAUUCAAAUUUUAGAAAUUUUCAAAAACUGGAUUAUUUUAUGAUCUAUUUAAUUUUUUUUUUUCAAAAAUCUUAACUUAAGUAUGUACAUAGACAUGUAACAUAAAGAUCAAAUUUAAUACAG